CCCAUGAUUAGCAGCUGUCUAUAAUUACCAACUCAAGGCCUGGUUUGGGUUUAGUCUUCUGAUCGGCUGCAACAACAACUCAAGAGUGAAGAGUGAGUCAGCAAAAUUCUGCUGUCACGGAGAUUACGAUGACAGUCCAGAAAUGUGUGCUCCUCUGGUGGCUUCUCGACACUGCUGUACUUCACUCUGUAUCAGCCGGAGGUGCAUAUUGUGCUAAAACAGCGAGAGCUCGUGCAGCUGCCUUGGGUUUGGCGUAUCCUGGAUUCCAUGGAGCCCCUGAUCUCUCCUCACCAGCUGUUAGUUUGUUGCAUCCUUCAACUUUUAGUUUUGAUGACCUGCCUCCAACUGAAUAUAACAUGAACGCUUAUGAAGAUGAUCAUAAGAAAGCCCCCUCUUAUAAUCCUCGGUAUACAGGAACUCACUCCAGGAACUCUGGUAGGUUCUUGUUUAGCCAUGUUCCAUUCCCACAAGCCUCAAGAGGACAGUCGGCUGACCAAAUAUUAGGCGUUCCUCAAGGUCUAUUGGACAGAAAGCCUGAGUCCAGUUUGGAGGAGGUCAACCAUGUUGCCCCACCAACACUCGCCAAAGCCCCCAGCCACCCUGACCCGAUGAAUCUGCACCCUCAAGGUCGCAGAAAGCCCUUUCUGUUCAGACGCAGCGAAAACAACCCUGCCGGUGAUGAGUUUGCCCCAAAUAGACGUGGCAUGCCUCUGACUGGACAUGCCCCACUGCUGACCAGGGGUCAUGCUGCUUACCAAAGUGGAAUUAACCCUAAAGUCCCCCUUUUGCAUUCUGCUCACUUCCUCCAGAGACGCCGUGGCUGGGCUCCGGUGCGUGGCUUUUGGAAAGUGGUCAAGCACCCUGGCCAUCUGACUAAGAAUCUACACGGGAGACUUGAUGUGAGGCCUCCUAUUCAAGGCAGAGCCAUCUUACAAGGCUUGAGAAAAACAAAAUAAGGUGCUCUUGAAAUGAGUGUGAAGAAAAGGGCCUGACAUAUAGCGCAGCUGUCUUGUCAGAUAGUGUCACUGUGACAUGAGUUAACAGGCAUUUUAAGGGUUGCAUGUGUGGGUGGUGGGGUAGCAAAACUUCUUCUGCAAGUGUUUAGGCACUAGUGCAACUUUAUGGGCAGCCAUAUAUCUGUACAAGUUCAUGUUCUGUUGCUUUCUCAUCUGUAACUCCAAAACAAGUCAUAUAACACCUCAUAUUGAAUAUAAAGUUGUUCCAAAUUGUCAA